CCGUUUUGCUUCCGUGCUAUUCUUUCUUCUUCUCAACAAUUCCAUUCCGGAGAUUUGGGACUUUCCCUCGAGUUUUGUUGGUUUUUGGGCCUUUUACUUUUGUUAUCAGCCAUCAAACGGUGCGUUUAGGUAAUUGUCAAUUACGAAACUGCCCAGCUAAUCCUGCACUGGCACUAUAAAAUUGUAUGGACGAAAAAAUAAAAUCAUAAACAAAACCACAAACGCGAAAGCACCGUUGCAACUGCGUCACAGCACAGCACACAUGACACAACAGCCCCUAAAUACAAUUCUCUAAUUUUAACUCUUUCUUAAGGUGAAACACAGAUUCGAAAGGUCUCCUCUCUGAUUUGCCUAAAUUAUCAGAAUUUCAGUAAUAAUAAUAUCCCUAUAGAUAGAUGUGGAGGUCGAAAUCGAAGGCGGUGUUGAUAUUGGGACAAAAGGGUUUGAGCGGCAGUACUCGGGUGUUGCAGCACAACAAACCUUAUGCUCGCAUCAUCCACACCUCCUCCCUACCUAAUUCCAACGACUUUUUGACGCCGUGGCGGUGGCAGCAGCAGCAGCAGCAACAGCAACAGCGUUUGUUUAACGAAAGUAGCACUCAAAGAAGACGCUUUCUCGGUUGCGGAGAUGGUGAGGAAGGCGGUGUUCUCUCCAAAGUUUACGAGGAGAAGCUUGUGUUGGGGUAUUCUCCAGAGCAGUUGUUUGAUGUAGUUGCAGCUGUUGACUUGUAUCAUGGUUUUGUCCCCUGGUGUCAGCGGUCUGAGGUAAUUAAACAUAAUCCGGAUGGAUCUUUUGAUGCCGAGCUGGAGAUUGGUUUCAAAUUUCUUGUUGAAAGUUACAUUUCUCAUGUUGAAUUGAACAAGCCAAAGUAUAUAAAGACUACUGUAACGGAUAGCAAUUUGUUUGACCACUUGAUAAACAUAUGGGAGUUCAAUCCAGGACCAGUUCCAGGAACUUGCAACCUGUAUUUUUUGGUGGAUUUUAAGUUCCAAUCACCACUUUACCGACAGGUUGCAUCCGUGUUCUUCAAGGAGGUGGUCUCAAGACUGGUAGGUUCAUUUAACGAACGCUGCCGUUUGAUAUAUGGACCGGGGGUCAGAGUCCAUGAAAAUUCAUAUGGUCAAAGGGUAUGAGAGGUCGUUUUGCAUUUAACUGGGUGCUGUGCCGUAUGAACCUUUAGAACACACUGGAGAGAUUACAUUACUAUCUCACUAGCCUCUGGGUGGUUUUUAUUUUAUUUUAUUUUAUUUAAAUUUUGUUUGCUGCCUGGUGGCCGAUUGAUCUCCUGGUCAUUGUAAUUCAAUUAAAGCCUUAGAAGCAAUCCUAUCAAAAAAAGAAAAAAAAGAAGCAUUAGAAGCACUUUUUCUCCUUGUUAUCUCAAGUUUAAUAACAUUUAAAUAUUUAAUUACUUUCAA